CCAUUCCCAUGGCGCGUGAGUUUCUCGUCCUGCAAGCCUCGUCCGCAGUCCGCAGUCCGCGGCGCCGUAUGGCUCCCCCGGGGAUGAACCACGAAACUAUUUCUCGGGCGGUCGAACGGCGCAUCCAUGCCCAUCGACUCGUCUCGAUGCUUUGAUCCUUAUCUCGUUCUGGCCCGCCAUUUCGCAGUCCGCUUGCAUUUGUCUGGCUGUCUAUCCCUGAAUCAAGAACUAUGUACGUGGUACAGCCCGCCAUCCACAACGCCUACAGCUGUGAGACCCAACCAACACGGGGCUCGCUUGCAUCAAUCUGGUCGAAGUAUGCACAGGCCAAUACGAGCCAUUAUCGCUGCAGGCAGCCGGCUUGCAGGGCAGCAGUCCACAAACGUACGAAGUGCCUUUUGGGACUUUCGUAGAGCAUCUUCUACCUGCCAAUAGUCUGGGCUCAGCCUCAGCCUUCAAGAAAUUCGCUUUCAUCUUCCCCUCUUCUUGGUGUCUUAUUUACGUCGAAGUCCUCGAAGCCGCUUCAAUGAGUUGAUACGGGACCACUAUUUCCCUCCUAAUUUUCAAACACUGACAACCAGAAUUGCGGCUGAGAGCGUCGAGCCGAUACCAUGGAUGUUAUGUCGGUUGAGGCAUGUGUUCAAGCGGUUGUUGGUGCCUACCGCGAUGCUUCGAAGUUGGUGCAGCGGCUCAAAAAUAAACAAAAUGCUUCGGAGGAGUUCAUAUUGCCAGAGCAGUUGACGAAAGAUUUCGAGGACUCUCUGUCACUGGGAUGUUCCGCAGUCCAGAGCUUGUACGACCACGACGUUCGUCGUUUUGGCGAGACCUACGCCCGAGGGGACGCGAUCGCCCGAGAACAGAUGAAAGACAUCCUCAUCAAUCUGCAGCAAGCAGUGAUCUCGCAUCUGCGGGAAGUCUUCAUGGAUGAAGCGAUGUUGGACCUCCACAUGUUAAAGGAGACAUCGGAUGAUUGUCGGGUCAAUGCAACUGUGUGCCUAGGCCAGCUGUACCAGCGUAUGUCGACGGCGACAGCGGCAAUGAAGCAAAUAUCUCGUCCAUAUGUCGAUGACUCGGACAAGGUCCAGUUGCCUGGAUCCCUAGCUUAUUCAAGCAGCCGCAGUACGCAUUCCUCGUUCGGUGGAAGACCAUACGACAGCCAAUCAGCCACAUCCUACACCACAUACAGCUCAAGGACGGCCGUGGGACACGACCGCAAACCAUCUGGUGGUUUGGCGCCGCAACGGAGGACCUCCAUGAAUUCAGCAUUCUCUUACACGAGCGAAGCCCCCAAGAGCCGUACGCCUGGUGAAGACAAUGUGCCGGCCCUCCCUUCCCCUAUGCAGAGACAGACAAGCCAAGGCGCUGUUGAGACUACGCCCAAUGGUUUUGGUGUGCCCCAGCAACUGGAGGACAGGGCUCCUUCAACAAAUACUGAUCCGCCACCAUACAGACCGGCCUUGACGGGGCCAGUCUACACGAGUGAUGAAAAGGGACAAAGGUUUCCAAAAGAGUCCAGCUUUUACCAGUCGCCAGUAGCAGGCGUGCAUAACCAUGUGCCACAGAACCCUUCCAUGGAGCGCAGUCCUCGAAUAGCGGAUGAUAACUCAGUCUCCGUGCCCGUUCUCCCAGCCCAGGUCCACGAGCUUGACCACAAUGAGCGCCUCGAGACACAACACACACAAGAGCCGGACGUGACAAAACAGAACAUGUCCACGAAUAUUUCAUUGAACCAGCGACAAGCUGUUCCUUUAAACCCUGACUAUAGCACAUUAGAAUACGUUGCCACGUUAGAAUCUCGAAGCCGCCCUCCGGCAGCUCCAGCACCAGAACAACACUACCAAAACUUUUUGCAACAACUGCCUCCCCACUUACAACAGCAAGUGCAGCAUUCAAUGUGGCAUGGGUACCAGAACCAGCACAUACUACAAGGACAACCGAUCGUCAACUCGCCUGUCUCAAGACCCCAGACCAGCAACGCAGGGCCCGAAAUUUUACCCGCUGUCACAGAUCCCCUUUUCCAACAAAGGAUACCUACCAUUCCCUCAGUCCCACGGCCGCUAUCAAUACGGUCUACCGGUUCGAACGGAUCAAGAAUGGGGUCAUUUGCGGUACGCAAGGGGAUACCUCCGGGUAUCGCUGAUGCAAUACACAAACCUGCACCCUCGGCCCUGGAGACCCCAUUCAAUAGCCUACCUCGCUAUGUGAAGCCGAAAGUGCUCGAUCUCGCCGACAGUGAGCAGAUGACCACAUUGAAUAGCCCGACUUCGCCGACAGGACAGUACACGGAUAGCACCUCGGACAGCAUUACAGUGAAAUCCACCUCUGAGAGUGCAUCGCUUGAAUCUACGAUGCGGCUCGCACCGGUUCGUGCAGGUUCACCUCAAUUGCAAAUAGCGCGAUCGCAGCUCAACUUACCGAGUGAGUCGAAUCUUGCUGGAUUCUGCAAGGGUGCUGUGAGGCAACAACUUGGCGCACGGAAAAAGGGGUUCUCGCUUGAACACCGGAAGGGGCCCAAAGGCCAAGAAUACUUUUGGCGGUGCACCAAAUGCAACUUCGAAGGGCCGGCAUUAGUGUCUAGGGCGCUGCCGAGCGGCGGACGUGGUUCGGUCAAGACGGAGAAGACGUACGAUACCAAAGUACGAUAUUCUGAGGGAGGUAUCAAAUAUCGGUGGAAUCUACUCGCCAAGUGCCAUGUCUCCAAGAAGUUGACGAUCGGCGAUACAAUGAACAACAGCGAUGUGUUUGCCUGUUAUUUCUGUUGUGUGGAGGGAGUUGCCAAAGGCUGGAUCGAGGACGGAGUGUCGUCGCAGCUGGCCAGGCUGGGCGCUUUCGGAGAGAAGAAAGCGACAACGGUCAAUGUGACACCCACAUUCACUGGACUGCAAGCGUUCCUCGCACAUCUGGAGACGCACCGGCUUCCGAAUCGCACUCCGGGGUUGAUUCCGUCGAAUGAGAUGUAUUGCAUCGUGGGCAGAGUUGCCCAUGACCAAGAAGAAUUCGACUUGAACUUGCCCCCACUGGGGGCAUGAGGCGAAGGGAGUUUUGAUAUUGAAGAAAAGAUUUGACGGCGGGUGGACCCGCAGCGGGUUUCAGGAUAAUGGUUCGGAAUCCAUGACGAAACGACUGUAGAGGUUACAACAUCCAACAAAUAUUAUCUGGGAUAAUCAGAUGGGGCCGCGAGAGGGGCCACCAUGAGCAACACCUCUUGAAUAUCAUGCUCCUCUGGGGUGUUUUCUUUCUCGCGUAUCCUUCGGCCUUCUCUUUUCUCGA